UCACCUUAAUAACAAUAACAAUAACUUAUCUUCUUCCAUCAUUCACUUUCACCUUAUUGGUUGUUAUCUAGAUUCUCUCUCUCUCUCUCAGUUUCCGCACCUUCUUUCACAUUUCCACGCCUCAUUCUCCGAUCUCAAUCAUCAAUUAUGGCUUCUUCUUCAACAAUCCCAAACACACCCUUAACCUUAAAUUCUCAUACCUACGUUGAUCUUAAACCAGCACUACCAUUGAAGAACUAUUUGAGCUUCUCUUCAUCAAAGCGUCGACCUCCAUGUCUUUUUACUGUCAGAGCUAGUGACGCAGAUUUUGAAGCCGCUGUUGUCGCUGGUAAUGUGCCGGAUGCGCCUCCUGUACCGCCUACACCGGCUGCACCUGCUGGAACGCCAGUGGUCACUUCACUUCCAAUUCAGAGGCGUCCUCGUCGUAAUAGAAGAUCAGCUACACAUCGAUCGGCGUUUCAGGAAACAACUUUAUCACCUGCUAAUUUUGUUUAUCCACUUUUUAUACACGAGGGUGAGGAGGACACCCCUAUUGGUGCUAUGCCCGGAUGCUACAGGCUUGGUUGGAGACAUGGACUUAUUGAAGAGGUUGCAAAAGCACGGGAUGUUGGUGUUAACAGUGUUGUGCUCUUCCCCAAAAUUCCAGAUGCUUUGAAGACCCCCACAGGAGAUGAAGCAUACAAUGAGAAUGGCUUAGUGCCUCGAACUAUACGACUACUUAAGGAUAAAUACCCUGAUCUUGUUAUUUAUACAGAUGUUGCAUUAGACCCAUAUUCUUCAGAUGGGCAUGACGGCAUUGUUAGAGAAGAUGGAGUUAUCAUGAAUGAUGAGACUGUUCAUCAGCUUUGUAAACAAGCUGUAGCCCAGGCUCGUGCUGGAGCAGAUGUGGUCAGCCCCAGCGAUAUGAUGGAUGGUCGUGUUGGAGCGAUGCGAGCAGCUCUCGAUGCUGAAGGCUUUCAGCAUGUUUCUAUAAUGUCAUAUACAGCAAAGUACGCGAGUUCAUUUUAUGGCCCAUUUAGGGAAGCAUUGGACUCAAACCCCCGUUUUGGAGAUAAAAAGACCUAUCAGAUGAACCCGGCAAAUUAUAGAGAGGCUUUGACUGAGAUGAGGGAAGAUGAAACUGAAGGAGCCGACAUCCUCUUGGUGAAGCCUGGUCUUCCCUAUUUGGAUAUCAUCAGGCUACUCAGGGAUAAUUCUCCACUUCCAAUUGCAGCAUACCAGGUUUCUGGUGAGUACUCUAUGAUUAAAGCUGGUGGUGCGCUGAAAAUGAUUGACGAAGAAAAGGUCAUGAUGGAGUCAUUAUUGUGCCUCCGACGGGCCGGUGCUGACAUCAUCCUAACAUAUUUUGCUCUACAAGCUGCCAGAUGUUUGUGUGGAGAGAAGAGGUAAGAAUCUUCAAAUAUGUAGGACAAUUUUCUUCCCAGAAGGCUAAAGAGCUCAAAGCAUUUGCCAGUGUGCAGGGUUCAAAUUAUAUGCUGAGAUUUUUUUUUCCCCCAAAACGUGUUGUAGUUUUUGUCAACCCAUUAUUAUCUUAUAAACGUUGUAAUUUACUCAACUGCAGAAUAAACAGUACUGUAUAAAUGACAGAAUGUACACAACAUCAGAAUAAUUAGAACUGUAAUGCAUUAGUGCUUUAAUAAAGUCAACUUUUUGCAGUAAA